UCGCAGGGGGUGUCAUGUGACCUCUUCAAUGGGCUGUGGUAUCCGACAGUGAUGAGCAUCGGUCCAGUGCUGGACAACUCGCUGCAGUGCGCCCCGGACGCCAAGUUCAGCCCGCAGCUGUUCGACCUCCGCCGCCUCAAGAGCCUCUCCUUCUACGCCUGCUUCCCGGCGACCAACCCCACACCCAUCCCGGCGACCAACUGGGAGAAGCUCGCCGGCAGCCUGGAGACGCUCGAGUUCCGCACGAACCCGGGCCUGACCGGCGCCAUCCCGGCCUCCCUCGGCCGCCUGGCGGGCCUCCAGUCCCUGGUCGUCGUCGACAACAACCUCACCGGCGCCGUGCCGCCGGAGCUCGGCGGGCUCGCGAGGCUGCGGCGGCUCGUGCUGUCCGGGAACGGGCUGUCGGGCCCGGUGCCGGCGACGCUCGGUGGGCUCAAGGGGCUGCUCAAGAUGGACCUGAGCAACAACCUGCUCGACGGCCGCGUCCCGCCGGAGCUGGCCGGGCUCGAGAGCCUCACGCUGCUCGACCUCCGGAACAACAGCCUCACCGGCGGGCUCCCGGAGUUCGUGCAGGGGAUGGCCUCGCUGCAGGACCUGCUGCUCUCCAACAACCCGCUCGGAGGGAGCCUGACAUGGUCCGGCUGGGAGAGGAUGGCGAGCCUCGCCACCCUCGACCUGUCCAACGCCGGGCUGGUCGGGACCAUCCCGGAGUCCAUGGCGGCCAUGCCCAGGCUGCGGUUCCUCGCGCUCGACCACAACCGCCUCUCCGGCGCCGUGCCGCCCAAGCUCGCCGCCAUGCCCAGCAUCGGCGCCAUGUACCUCAACGGCAACAACCUCACCGGCGCACUGCAGUUCUCCGCCGAGUUCUACCAGAGGAUGGGCAGCAGGUUCGCCUCCUGGGACAACCCCGGCUUGUGCUACAGCAGUGCCGCCGGCGACGAUGCGCCUGCCGGCGUGGCCGUGUGCAAGGACGACGUGCAGGAGCCGCCCAGCGGCGUCGGCGUCAGGGACAGGGUGGAUGGGACUGGGAGGAAGCCCGAGGCGAGCUCCAGCCUGCAGGCGUCCUCAUCGUCGUCGUCAGGCCGCUCUGCUCCCAUGGUCACUGGACUCUGUUGCUUGGUGCUUACACAGUGGGUGGUCAUGGUGGUGUUGUAG